AUGGCGCUUUCUGCAGCUUUCAAGGAGAGACUAGAUCAAAUGGAGUCCACCAGAAACCAACGACUCCAUCUUCUCCAGGCGGAGAAAGAGGCGCAAGUGAACAAAUCGCAGAUUUUAGCGUCCAAGCACGCAAAUGUACAGUCCAUACAAGCCAAAUGUCUGUUGCUGGACCAGAAAAUCGCUGCGCAAAACCUCAAAAUCGCGAUUCUCAGAUCCACCAUCGAAGAUCUCGAUUCCAAAUACCAGUGCUCUACACAGCAAUUGAGGACGCUAAAGAGCGAGGUGGAUGAGCUGAGAGAGUUAGACCAAGAAAGGGACAAGUAUUACACUGUGAAAUAUUCAGAGAUGAAUGAGUUUAUGCAAAAUGUCCACAGCUUCAGGUCUGAGAAACGAUUACAAGUCGAGAACCUAAGAAACCAAGUCAAGGAGCUUAGCUUAACGUUUGAGGAAUAUCAUAAGAAGAACAAUUAUCUGCGUAACACAAAUUAA